AUGGAGGUCACCGUCAACCAUCCCCCUUACCCAAAUGAUCCUAAGGCUCCUUGGAUCCAAUUUCUGGAUAGGGAAUCCGCCACAGAGGCCGCGCAACAAGUUGACGAAUAUUACCACAACAGUUAUUUACCCUCCGAUCCCUUUUCAAAAUUUCAAGCGGACAAGGGCACUGCGGGCUUCCUUAACACGUUAUAUGAACUGGUGUUUGACCUGGCUCGUGUUGUGCCCUAUGAUCAUGAUCUACAGCAACUCUUGGUGCACUUCCUGGUCGAACUUGUGAAGCUGCCGACAAGGGAAGUCACAAUCUGGAACGAAAAAUGUUUGGUGUAUGCAAAGGAACCUGUUUUUGGUUCUGUCAUGGAAGACAACUGGAGCGGCAGUUAUCCAAGCGAUAUGUCCAGCCCCGACGAUCCGGAUGUUGCGGAAUCAUAUAAGGAAUGGAUAAACCUAUCAGCGUUUCUUGCUCGAUGCAUCCAGUCUGGUCGGAACGACUGUUUCGAAAACUGGUCCAAGUACCCUAGAGUUGACAUUCCGAAAGGGCUUGAGGAAAACCACGACGAAGGUCCAAGAGGAGACUGUCUUCAACUUGUAGCAGUAGAGUAUCUGCUUCUGGCGGGCGAGAAGUUGCAUGACAAUAUGAUUGGCAGACAUCCCGAUGGCUCUGAGAAGCGACAACUGGGACUGAGGAAGUGGAAGAUAUGGGCCGGUAAGCUUCAAGAGAUUGAGGAGGGCCUAAAGGCAGACUUCGACUUGGUGCAAGCUGCAAAGAGGGCUCGGCAGCUGAUGGUUUCCUUGGAGCCCGGCAUCUGA